GCGCACGGCCGGAUAGGCGCGAGGGGGCCGCGUGGGGCGGCGGCGGCGUCCUGGUCCCCAGAGCCGGUCUCGCGCGCCGGGCGUUUUCCUUCCUUCCGCCGCCGCCGCCGCCGCCGCCGCCGCCACAUCCCGGGACCCGAGGGGCCGCGGCGCGGAGGCCGCCGGCGGCGGCGCGGAGGCCUCGGGGCAGGGUGGGGCGGGCCUCCCGCGCUCCCGGGACCCCGCGCGCUUCGCCCACAGGCCAGGCGACGCCCGACCCGCGCGGCGCCUCCAGGGCCAGGGGAGGAGCCUAAGAACCCGGACGAGCGCCGCUCCAGUAGGGUGAGCUCGGGGACGCGCAGGCGGGUGGGUUUCAGCGCCCGGGCCGCCGCGGGGCGCACGGAAAAACCGGAGAACCUGCGGGUUUUGUCCUGGCGAGCCACAUCCCGUGACAAGAGGAACCAAGAACGUCAGUUCAGGGGAAACACAGCAAGGAAAUGUAAGCCCCAGGCUGCAGAAGGAAGAGUCAGUGAAUGGCUGCAGUGUGACAACAUGCACCACCAGUGGCUUCUGCUGGCCGCAUGCUUUUGGGUGAUUUUCAUGUUCAUGGUGGCUAGCAAGUUCAUCACGUUGACCUUUAAAGACCCAGAUGUGUACAGUGCCAAACAGGAGUUUCUGUUCCUGACAACCAUGCCAGAAGUGAGGAAGUUGCCAGAAGAGAAGCACAUUCCUGAGGAACUGAAGCCAACUGGGAAGGAGCUUCCAGACAGCCGGCUCGUUCAGCCCCUGGUCUACAUGGAGCGCCUGGAACUCAUCAGAAACGUCUGCAGGGAUGAUGCCCUGAAGAAUCUCUCGCACACUCCUGUCUCCAAGUUUGUCCUGGACCGAAUAUUUGUCUGUGACAAGCACAAGAUUCUUUUCUGCCAGACUCCCAAAGUGGGCAACACCCAGUGGAAGAAAGUGCUGAUUGUUCUAAAUGGAGCAUUUCCUUCCAUUGAGGAGAUCCCCGAAAACGUGGUGCACGACCACGAGAAGAACGGCCUUCCUCGGCUCUCUUCCUUCAGUGAUGCAGAAAUUCAGAAGCGAUUGAAAACAUACUUCAAGUUUUUUAUUGUAAGAGAUCCCUUUGAAAGACUUAUUUCUGCAUUUAAGGAUAAAUUUGUUCACAAUCCCCGGUUUGAGCCUUGGUACAGGCAUGAGAUUGCUCCUGGCAUCAUCAGAAAAUACAGGAGGAACCGGACGGAGAGCCGGGGGAUCCAGUUUGAAGAUUUCGUGCGCUACCUGGGUGAUCCGAACCACAGAUGGCUAGACCUUCAGUUUGGGGACCACAUCAUUCACUGGGUGACGUAUGUAGAGCUCUGUGCUCCCUGCGAGAUAAUGUACAGUGUGAUUGGACACCACGAGACUCUGGAGGACGAUGCCCCAUACAUCUUAAAAGAGGCUGGCAUUGACCACCUGGUGUCAUACCCGACCAUCCCUCCGGGCAUUACCGUGUAUAACAGAACCAAGGUGGAGCACUAUUUCCUGGGCAUCAGCAAACGAGACAUCCGACGCCUGUAUGCACGUUUCGAAGGGGACUUUAAGCUCUUUGGGUACCAGAAACCAGACUUUUUGCUAAACUAAUGCAUAAGACGUAUGAAUUCAAAUAUCUUUAUUAGACCUGGGGGUAACCAGGUAAAGAUCUGAGCCCAAAAAUGACCCUUCCUCUACCACACCCCUCCUUUUAGGACGCCCGGGGUCUUCCACAGGCCUGUGAGUUGCCUCAGCAUAUGACGCAGGACCCCGACUGUUAAAACUUAUUUUGGAUGUAAGAUGCUCUGAGGACACUGCCCACACUCCUGCGUGCAUUAGGAUCUCGCUGGCCUUUGCCCACCUCAGAGGGGAGAAAAGGCUAAAGAUUUGCAGUUUGACAGCCCAGCAGGGAGGAAGCAUCACACAGCGUUAGGAGCCAUUUCCCUCAGGUGUUAAGGAAGGGGAUGCCCCUGAGGUUCUCCUGGCUAGUCGGGGUGGCUUCAGCCGUCACUGGUGGGUUGCAGGAACAGCACCCAGCACUCUGAGGAGGGACAGAGAAGCAAGGGGGCUGCUGAAAUCGCAGAGACUUUUGCAGCAUCAGAUCUGAGGAGUAAAACAGAUCUGAGGCCUUCAUCUUGGUGCUGCAACAAUUGUGGAGGCAAAGCAUUCUUUCUGUGACUGUUUUGUUCCUAUAGACAGUCAGCGAUGGCCAGAGGGUGGUGUGGUGUCCAGGGGUCCAUCUUUCCAGAAUCCAUGCCUGUGUAAUGCUGGUCCAAGCUUCUGAACCUGUGUCUGUCAAGCGCCUAUUUCAUUCAGCACAAGAGAUACGAUUUUAGAAGGUGAGGGGAGGGGAGGCUUUUUCUGCCUGAGGAGAAUGUCUUUGAGGGCUUUAAAAGGACCAUGGCCCAGGAAUGGGGGAUCUGGUUGGGCUUGGAGCUCCGGCUGCUGUGGAUUCCAGCACAUCAGUUCUGACUUGCCUUACCUGGGUGGACAGCAGUGAGUCUCCACCUGUCUUCUCCAGGGAACUCCCAUGUUGGGGCUGAAGACGAGCAGGGGCAACAUGCCAGCAUCACAGAAUUCAGUGUAGUUUACACAUUUCGAUUCCUUUCAUCUCAGCAAAAUGGGCACCGCCAGAGCCAUUUCUGAUCACACCACCAUCCUGGACCAUGUGACUGGAAGGUGGGUAACCAAGUUCACCAGCAAUAAAACCCAGGGCCCAGGUAGCCUCCAGCAGUGCAGCUUCCUGGCAACGAGGUAGGCCCUGGUGCAGGGCAAGCCGCAGCGACCAUUUCAGAUACCGUCCACAGCCAAGACCGCUGAGACCUGGGACAGUUUCCUGGGAUGAGUGCCAGCCAGAGCCUGCAUGGUGCUGCCGAGCCCGGGGUGGAGGAGGGAGCCAGGCUUCGCUUCAAGGCGGCCUCUACCUUUUCUCAGAAUGGUUUCCUGAUUGUGUCAAUGUGAAAGUUAAAUAAAAUUUAUGUGCCAAACCUGA